AUGGAGUCCAAGACCGCCGAUAGCUCACGAGCGGCCUCGUCCAAGUCGAAGGAGGGUCUGUGGUGGCGCUGGACCCACGGAAAGAGCGGCACCACGGCCUCCAGCAGCCAUGUAGGCUCGCCCUACGACACUAAUAAUCACACCUAUAGCAGUAGUAAUAGUAAGCCACCAGCCACGGCGUCUCCUGCCGACGGGGUGCGGUGGCAGAAGCGCACCACUCGGACGCCCAGGGAGGACACUCUCUCCUCCCUUAGCUGGUCCAGCUCCCCAGACGCCGGGAAUAACUCGUCCUCUCCUAAGUUCUUCUCUGCUACGGCAUCUUCGGCCACACGAAGCUCUCGCGCUUCAGCUGCGCCCGCCAAGAAGAAGACGGCCACAUCGCUGUCGAACCGUGGACCUCGAGACGGUUAUAAUACCAAGAAGACGUCACUUGGAGCGUCCUCGUCGUCCUCGUCUUCGUUCGUGUUCUUCACUCGAGAGGAGAAACGUGCAGCGUCGUCGGAUAUCUCGUGGUCACUGGGGAAGAGCAAGCGACCGGCAACAAAGAAAGACAGACGCAGUGCAAAGACCUCAACAGCGUCGCUGUCCGGUGCUCGAGCUACUCGUGAAGUGACCACGAGGAACACGCAGUUCCUGCCGGAUGUCAACGAGGACGCGGAGAUGAGAGCGCCGGACGCAGGCGCCAAUAUGUUUGCCUUUUCGAUGUCUCAAGCGAAGCCUAGUCAACGUGUAAGCACGAGCUUUAGCUCAUCGAGAAGCGACAAGACGGACAAGUUCGCUCUAGCUGAAAUCCCAGUGUUUAACUUUGACGACACCCUCUCGAGAUCCAGCAAAAGUGCCUUCCCGCCAUCUUCGCCCUCGGUAGCGUCCACAGUCUCGUCGACUUCUUCUUUCAACUCGCAGUCGCUUUGGACGGUAGACCCGCUCGUGAACUGCGCUCGAGCUGUGCUGCAAGACUGCAUUAGGAAGCGCAAAAUGGAACAGAGCAGCGCUCGGAAGCGCUCUAUCGAAGGAUGUUUUGAUGGCGAUCUGCUGGAAAGCCAGGAGUUCGGCUGGCAUGACGACGCGGUGUCGAAGCACAGAGACUUUGGGAUGAUGAGUCCUGGAUCCAGCAGUAGUAGCGAUGACGAGCUCAGCCAAUUAUCGUCGAUGGACCAGUCAUUCUGCGCGGAGAAAUCAGAGCGAGGCUGCGAUAGCAAGUUGGCUAAAGAAGAAAUGUACCGCCAGAUCUUGGUGGGGGACUACGACCUCAGCAGUAGUCCUGAGUUCCAGUGCUUCAGCCCUUUGAUGGAAGAAAAGGGACUGCCCAUCGAGGUUCGAUAUCAGCUCCCUCUGGCGCUGGGAACAGCUAAUGAAACCAACAAGGAGUGCACGAUUUGUCAACUUCGCUAUGGCAUUGGCGAUCACAUCGUCACGCUUCCUUGCCAGCACUUCUUCCAUGCUUGCUGUGUCGACAAGUGGCUGUGGAAUCAUACGUCGUGCCCAUUGUGCCGCACGGAAGUGUCUUUGGACCAGAAGACGGAAGUCCUUAACACAAAACACAACUUCACCGAGUGCUCUCUUGUCGACCAGGAGCGUAUUCGUCGCCAGCUACGCUCGUCUUCCCAGCACGCAGGCUUUCGUCCUGUCGUUCCAGUGGAAAUUGACCAGCUCGAGCUUGAAGUGUCACGUAUGGCGAUCGAUGAAGACUCGGAGGUUGAAGACGAGCCAAGCUAUCUAGUUUGCCCAACACCGCACCUCGCUACGAACACCCAGGACCAUUGUCCUGGCAACUGAUAAGCGCCGCCCUGCGAGAAUUAAACAGGAGGUGUCUGCUUCCAAAACAAAAAAACAGCCAGGCGUGCACAAGUCCUGAUCCUGUGGCUUGUGGCUCCUUGGCGACUUCCUUUCCUCGGGGGUAUUUGUAUGGUGUUGUAAUCGACCCCCACACGCCGUGCUUCCAGUCAGCAGUUAUACUCGAUCCACCAACUUCCAGGCAUGAAGAACUUCUCUUCCUGUUCUUGAUUUGCCUGAUGCAUCGCUGGGAGACGGCAGAACGAGGAUGGACAGGCUCACAUCUAAAAAAACAGCAAUAAAACGAAACAACUCCA